CCUCGGACCAGAUUCCCAGCAAAAAGAAAGAAAGAAAGAAAGAAAGAAAGAUAAAAAAAUGAUUAGGAGAAAUAGCAGUGGAAUGAAGAAAGGGGAUUUAGAGGGAACACUGGUUGCACUAUCUGUCCCUGCUAAGGACCGACCUCCCCUUUUCGGGACCGAUUCGGGAACGUUUAAGGAUGGGGAUCUGCUUGUCAACAAAUUUGGAAUUCAAAUUAUCUCCGAAAAUCACGCCCCACAGGCUUCAGUUAUGGGGCCAUCAGAUCAGCAUCUAUGCUUGGCAGACUUUGAACCUAUUAAAGUCAUAGGGAAGGGAAGCGGCGGAGUCGUGUGGCUCGUCCAAAAUAAGUGGACACAACAACUCUUUGCUCUCAAGGUCAUUCAACUGAAUAUUGAAGAGUCCAGUCGCAAGCACAUUGCGCAAGAAUUGAGAAUAAACCAGUCAUCAAAGUGUCCUUACGUAGUCAUAUGUUUCGAAGCAUUUUUCGAAAACGGGUCUAUCUCCAUGAUCUUGGAGUACAUGGAUGGUGGGUCCCUUGCAGAUUUCUUGAAAAUGGUCAGAAUUAUCCCAGAACCAUAUUUAGCUGCAAUCUGCAAGCAGGUACUUAAGGGGUUGUGGUAUCUUCAUCAUGAAAAACAUAUCAUCCACCGCGACUUGAAGCCGCAAAAUUUGUUGAUAAAUCAUAGAGGUGAUGUCAAGAUUACUGAUUUUGGUGUGAGCGUGAUACUCAAGAGCACGUCUGGAGCCGCGAGUACCUUCAUUGGCACCUAUAAUUAUAUGUCUCCAGAAAGAAUUGCGGGACCACGCCAUGGAUAUAGGAGCGACAUUUGGAGCUUGGGUUUAGUUCUUCUCGAGUGUGCAGCGGGUGAUUUCCCAUACUCCCCACCCCAGAAAGGGCAAGCAGGAUGGACAAAUGUCUUUGAGCUUAUGGAGACCAUAGUGAAUCAACCUGAGCCUCGUGCGAAUCCUGAUAUAUUCUCUCCACACUUUUGCUCAUUCAUUGCUUCCUGGAGUAAAGCCUACGUACACAUACCCUUCCUGGAUCUUACUGUCUUGUGGGAUUCUACUGCGUUUGUUGUUGCUGAAUAAAGUUUGCUCCUUUUAGUGUGCAGAAGGACCCCAAGAAAAGAUUGUCAACAAAUGAACUAAUGAAACACCCUUUCAUCGACAUGUACGACGAUCACAAUAUUGAUCUCGCGUCUUACUUUGCUCCCGUAUCGUCUCUCCUUCCAACACUUUGAGCUAUUUAUAAUUGGUUUGUUUCCACUUCAAUCUGCAUACAUUCACAAGUGUUGGUCUGCAAUCACACCUUGGAUAUUAUUUAAAACUGGCUGCUGCCUCCAUUCUCUUUCCAUUACAACUUUUUUAAUAAUUAAAAAUUGAAUGAAUGUAGACAUAAUCUACGUCCACAUACAUUCAAUUUUAAAUGUACCAAUAAAGUCAUAAUAGACUGUUAGAAAUAGUAGAAAACAUCUUAGGGCAUGUUCUUUAGGACUAGAAAAAAAGAGCUGGAUGUUGG